AUGGCAGAGAGUGCAGUACAGUUUCUUCUGGACAAGGUUGCACCACUUUUCGAAAAUGAUAUUCAACUUAUGGGAGGGGUUAGGGAAGAAAUCGUGUAUCUGAGAGGGGAACUGGAGUGCAUGACCACUUUUCUGAGGGUUGCUGAUGCAUUUGAAGAGAGUGAUGAGGAAGUCAAAGUAUGGGUGAAGCAAAACAUGAAAUCUCAAUACCGAAUUGCCGCUGAGUUACAAGGCAUCAACUUGAGAAUCAGAAAAAUCUCGGAGGUUCAUAGGAGACUACGUCACAAGUUUAAUAUGGCUGAACAAGAUGGUAGGGUGGCUUGUCAUCGGUGGUUCCGGACGAGAAGUAAUUUCUGUGGCUGGAAUGGGAGGACUGGGAAGACAACCUUGGCGAAGCAAGUCUAUGAUGCAGCAGAAGUGAAGAAGCAGUUCAAAGUAAGCGCUUGGAUCACGGUUACUCAGUCUUUCAAACUCGGGGAACUCCUCGAAAACAUGAUUAACAAUCAAUUGAAAACAAUAAUCAAGGCCUUCCUGCAGAAAAUGAGGUACCUAAUUGUUCUCAACGAUGCGUGGGAUAUGGACGGAUGGCCCUCUCUGAAGUAUGCCUUGCCUAACAAUACUUGUGGCAGUCGAGUCAUACUAACUACUCGAAAAACUGAUGGCCUUGCCAUUGUGGCAGUCAUCGAUGUUUUGGCUACCAAAGACAAGCGCAGGAUUAACGAGUGGGAUAUGGUUGGCCAUAGCCUUGGUGCUGAAAUGGAGGGCAAUGACAAACUCAAGGACUUGAAACAAGUACUUUCACUCAGCUUUAAUGACUUACCUUACUAUCUCAAGUCUUGCUUCUUGUACCUGAGCAUCUUUCCUGAGGAUCACCUAAUCGAGAAUAUGAGACUUGUUCGGUUAUGGAUGGCAGAGGGUUUUAUCGAAGCAAAACAAGGCAAAACACUACAAGAUGUUGCAGAGGACUACCUGAAUGAACUGUUGAAUAGAAGCAUGAUUCAAGUAGCGGAGACAACGUCCGAUGGAAGAGUCAAAAGCUUUCGUGUCCAUGAUCUUCUCCGUGAGAUUAUCACCUUCAAGAUAAGAGAUCAGAACUUUGCCACAAUUGCUAAAGAGCAAAACAUACCAUGGCCUGAUAAAGUCCGACGCCCGUCAAUGCAUACCUCUUUGCAAUACAUACAGAAAAACAGGUCCGGUUCUCAACUACGUUCUUUGCUUAUGUUCAGAGUUACUGAGAAGCCACUACUGCAAACAAUUUUUCUUGGAGGUUUUAGGCUUCUUACUAUGUUGGAUUUGCAAAGCGCACCUCUAAAUGUUUUUCCAGUUGAAGCUGUCAACCUUUUCUUUUUGAAGUAUCUAAGCUUGAAAGGUACCGGGGUGAAAACCAUUUCGAAAUUUAUAGGGACGCUUCAGAACCUGGAGACUUUGGAUCUGAAGCAUUCUCUGGUCAUUGAACUCCCAAGUGAAAUUCUGAAGCUUCAACUUCUACAUCAUCUUUUAGUAUAUCGUUAUGAAUUUGUACGUAGAGAAAUUUUUUAGACAAAAUGUGGCUUUAAGUUGCUUGCAAACAUAGGGGCUUUAACUUGCCUUCAAAAACUUUGUUUCAUUGAGGUAAACCAAGAUGGAGGUGCCAUAUUAAGGGAGCUGGGGAAACUAAUUCAAUUGAGAUGGUUAGGCAUUGUACAUGUGAGGAAACAAGACGGAAAGGCUCUUUGUUCAUCCGUCGAAAAGCUGACCAAACUUCGCGCUUUGUCCAUAACUUCGGCAGAAGAUGAUGAGAUCAUUGAUCUGCAACACAUUUAUUCUCCCCCUCCACUGCUUCAGCGCUUAUACUUCAAGGACGAUUGGACACAUUGCCUCACUGGAUACCUUCUAUGGACAGCCUUGUCAAGUUACAUCUGAAAUGGAGUAGGUUAAAGGACAAUCCCUUGUAUUCCUUCAGUAUCUGCCCAUCCUAGUACAUCUCGAAUUAUCUCAGGUGUCUGAAGGAGACAUAUUGUGUUUUGGAGCUGGAGGAUUUAAGAAGCUCAAACAUUUAGGCAUUGGUGAGUUUGAUGAGCUUAGAUGUAUAGAGGUGCAAGUGGGAGUAAUGUCGUCCAUUGAAAAGCUAAGUAUCCGGCACCGUAAGUCGUUAGAGAAGGUGCCAUCCGGGAUUGAACACCUGAACAAGCUGAAGGUGCUUGAAUUAUUUAAUAUGCCAGAAAAGUUGGUCAAGACACUGACUCCACACGAACAAGGCAACGAUUAUUGGAAGCUUGCGCAUGUCCUGGAAGUUUAUUUCACCAACUUGAGAGAGUCUCGGUGGAGGUCUACCCUUUGGAGGGUUUGAAUGAAGGAGAAAACUUUCCUCAAAGGCUCAAAUCAUUUCUCUCAUGAAGAGCCACGAACUUGAAACUCGUUGGAAGUAAUGUUUUACUUCACCUGAUCAGUUUGAUAUUACUAAAGGAGA